AAUUGAAACGGUUUUAGAGAAUGACCUAACAAAAUUCCCUGUACGCACCACCGAGGUAUAUAAAAAUACACAUAUGAGCGCAAAAGUUUGAAGAUUGUAGCCAUUCGAAGAAGGAAGUUCGAUACAUUUUUACUCCACUAACAAAAUGAGAGAGAUUGUUCAUUUACAAGCAGGGCAGUGCGGUAAUCAAAUUGGCGCAAAGUUCUGGGAGGUGAUUAGUGAUGAGCAUGGCAUUGACCCCACUGGAAGUUACAAUGGGGACAGUGAUCUUCAGCUGGAAAGAAUUAAUGUGUACUACAAUGAAGCUUCAGGUGGAAAGUAUGUGCCACGUGCAGUACUUGUGGACUUGGAGCCUGGGACCAUGGACUCUGUGAGGUCCGGCCCGUUCGGUCAAAUCUUCAGGCCUGACAACUUUGUCUUUGGUCAGAGUGGCGCAGGUAACAACUGGGCCAAGGGCCACUACACUGAGGGUGCAGAGCUGGUUGACUCUGUCUUGGAUGUGGUGAGGAAAGAGGCUGAGAGCUGUGACUGCCUGCAGGGCUUCCAGCUGACCCACUCCCUGGGAGGUGGAACCGGCUCUGGCAUGGGCACCCUGCUCAUUAGCAAGAUCCGUGAAGAGUACCCCGACCGCAUCAUGAACACUUUCAGCGUGGUGCCCUCCCCUAAAGUGUCAGACACUGUGGUCGAGCCCUACAAUGCCACCCUCUCAGUCCACCAGCUGGUAGAGAACACAGACGAGACCUACUGUAUCGACAACGAGGCGCUCUACGACAUCUGCUUCCGUACCCUCAAACUCACCACGCCCACCUACGGAGACCUCAACCACCUGGUGUCUGCGACCAUGAGUGGGGUCACCACCUGUCUCCGCUUCCCCGGCCAGCUCAACGCUGACCUGCGCAAACUGGCAGUCAACAUGGUGCCCUUCCCCCGUCUCCACUUCUUCAUGCCUGGCUUUGCCCCCCUCACCAGCAGGGGCAGCCAGCAGUACAGAGCCCUGACGGUUCCAGAGCUCACUCAGCAGAUGUUUGACUCAAAGAACAUGAUGGCCGCCUGCGACCCUCGUCACGGCCGUUACCUCACCGUGGCUGCAGUCUUCCGUGGGCGCAUGUCCAUGAAGGAGGUGGACGAGCAAAUGCUGAACGUACAGAACAAGAACAGCAGCUACUUCGUUGAAUGGAUCCCCAACAACGUCAAGACUGCAGUCUGUGACAUUCCUCCCCGUGGCCUCAAGAUGGCUGCCACCUUCAUUGGAAACAGUACUGCCAUCCAGGAGCUGUUCAAGCGCAUCUCUGAGCAGUUCACAGCUAUGUUCCGCCGUAAGGCUUUCCUCCAUUGGUACACAGGAGAAGGUAUGGAUGAGAUGGAGUUCACUGAGGCAGAGAGCAACAUGAACGACCUGGUUUCUGAGUAUCAGCAGUACCAAGACGCCACUGCAGAGGAGGAGGGCGAGUUUGAAGAGGAGGGUGAAGAGGAGUUGGCUUAAAUUGUCCGUUUUCUUUCCUUGUGAAACAUCUGACUGGUGUUUAUUUUUCACUUCAUGUUUCCUUAUCUGACAACCUUCAGCUGUACUAUUUUUAUUUGAUUUUUGUUUUGUUUACUUCAAAUAAAAGAAACAUGGUUAAA